ACCAUGUGGUGUUGGAUAAUUCGAGAAAAGCGUCAGUGAGACUUCACCAUCGUUGAUAUCUGUCAACAUCACAUCGCAGCUCGUUUAUCUGACAUUCAGCUGCUUUAGGAAAGCCGGACGUUCAACGGUUAUUUAAAGAAGAAUCAUAUAAAUCAAAAUAUGUUGUCCGUAGCGAGAACAGCAGUCAGAAAUGUGUCGUGCUCUCAGAAGAGCUCCAGCAGUGUGUCUGAACUCAUCAAGAAGGCUUGUUGGAAUGGAUUGACACAAAAAACUCUCCAGACAGCAGCCAGACGUCAUUAUGCUUCGGAGGCGAUCAAAGGAGCAGUCAUUGGAAUCGACCUGGGAACCACAAACUCUUGUGUGGCUGUCAUGGAAGGCAAACAAGCAAAGGUCCUGGAAAACGCUGAGGGUAUGCGGACGACCCCAUCUGUGGUGGCCUUCACAGCUGACGGCGAGAGGCUUGUGGGAAUGCCUGCCAAACGUCAAGCUGUGACGAACCCCAACAACACACUCUACGCUACUAAACGUCUGAUUGGACGGCGCUACGAUGACCAAGAAGUUCAGAAAGAUUUGAAGAAUGUGCCCUAUAAGAUCGUGCGUGCCUCUAAUGGUGACGCCUGGCUUGAAGCUCAGGGCAAACUGUACUCGCCGAGUCAGGCCGGUGCCUUUGUUCUGAUGAAGAUGAAGGAGACUGCAGAGAGCUACUUGGGUCAUACGGUGAAGAAUGCGGUUAUUACAGUGCCUGCAUACUUCAACGACUCCCAGAGACAGGCGACGAAGGACGCUGGACAGAUUGCGGGUUUAAAUGUGCUGCGUGUGAUUAAUGAACCGACUGCCGCUGCUUUAGCCUAUGGACUUGAUAAGACUCAGGACAAAAUAAUUGCGGUGUAUGAUCUUGGUGGUGGGACGUUUGAUAUCUCUGUCCUGGAGAUCCAGAAGGGGGUGUUUGAGGUAAAGUCCACCAAUGGAGACACGUUUCUGGGUGGAGAAGAUUUCGAUCAGCACCUGCUCAGACAUAUCGUCAAGGAGUUCAAGAGAGAGUCUGGUGUAGAUCUGACCAAAGACAACAUGGCACUGCAGAGGGUGAGAGAGGCUGCAGAGAAAGCCAAAUGCGAGCUGUCUUCCUCUCUACAGACUGAUAUCAACCUUCCGUACCUGACGAUGGAUGCAUCUGGCCCUAAACACUUGAACAUGAAGCUCACUCGCUCUCAGUUCGAAGGCAUCGUGGCUGAUCUCAUCCGCAGGACUGUCGCGCCGUGUCAGAAAGCCAUGCAGGAUGCUGAGGUCUCCAAGAGCGACAUCGGUGAAGUUCUGCUGGUCGGGGGAAUGAGUCGAAUGCCCAAGGUCCAGCUGACCGUUCAGGAUCUGUUCGGUCGAACUCCCAGCAAGUCUGUGAAUCCGGAUGAGGCCGUGGCAAUCGGAGCGGCUAUUCAGGGCGGGGUUCUCGCGGGAGAUGUCACCGACGUGCUCUUGCUGGACGUUACGCCGCUGUCUCUCGGUAUCGAGACUCUGGGAGGCGUCUUCACCAAACUCAUCAACCGAAACACAACCAUUCCUACCAAGAAAAGCCAGGUGUUCUCCACCGCUGCUGAUGGACAGACGCAAGUAGAGAUCAAAGUGUGUCAGGGCGAGCGAGAGAUGGCUGGAGACAACAAGAUCCUGGGACAGUUCACACUGGUGGGCGUCCCUCCGGCUCCUCGUGGAGUUCCUCAGAUUGAAGUCACCUUUGACAUUGACGCUAAUGGAAUUGUGCACGUCUCUGCUAAAGACAAGGGUACCGGACGUGAACAGCAGAUUGUCAUCCAGUCGUCUGGUGGCCUCAGCAAAGACGACAUUGAGAACAUGAUUAAGAACGCUGAGAAGUACGCAGAGGAGGACAGGAGACGGAAGGACCGCGUGGAAGCCGUCAACAUGGCAGAGGGCAUCGUUCACGACACCGAGUCGAAGAUGGAGGAGUUUAAGGAUCAGCUGCCAGCCGAUGAGUGUAAUAAACUGAAAGAGGAGAUGGAGAAAGUACGAGAGCUGCUUUCACGGAAAGACACAGAAACGGGAGAGAACAUCAAACAAGCGGCUACAAACCUACAGCAGGCCUCGCUCAAACUUUUCGAGAUGGCCUAUAAGAAGAUGGCGUCUGAGAGAGAAGGCAGCGGCGGCUCGAGCUCAGGAGGAGAAGCGGGAGAGAAAAAGGAAGGACAGCAUUAAAGUCCGUCAUGUCCGAGUAUGUUGUAGGACUGAAUGGCUUGAGAACAUAAACGUUGUGUUGCCCUGAGCAGCGUACUCAAGUUAUUCUUACAUAUACUGUGUUUUCGGCAGUAACAUCUACAUUACGUCUAUUAUAAUGUCUCAUCCACCUUCCUCUGACUAGUAGUUCAUAUUCAUUUACUGGGUUGUGAAUCUCAAAGCAGCAAAAUGUGCCAUCUAAGUGUUUUGAUUUUCCAUCUCUGGUUUAAAGGCCUGACGAUGUACAUACUCAUCGUAGACGUAAUGACCCUUUAGUCAUUUAGGCGUACAUUCCAGCAUGUUGACCAAGUGUUUUAUUCUGUAAACUAUUUUUGUUAAUAUUGGAAGUAAAUGGGACUGUAUGUAUGGCUAAAUGGCUUUAGGAUAUCUAUUUAUCUACAAUGAGUAUGCAUAAUAUCAGGAGUCACAUAGAAAAGACACUGUUUUAUAUGUAAAUGACAUAAUAUGCGAUCUGCCUACAUGGUCUGUUAUGCUUGGAAAUUGAUCAUAGGUCAAAAGUGUUUGAGCGUGUAAAGCUGUAUGAGUCACACAACGGAUGAUGUGCAAUUGGUAGUUUAGUGUAUUGUUUAUAUUUUGUUUGAUUUUGCUGAUCAUACUGGCAUCUUAUAUUAAGCAGGUUUAGAACGAUCAAAUCUGCAUCACAGUCUUCUGCUUGCUCAACAAAGUAAAAUGCUGAAUUGGUUUAAAUUUCCCUCCAGAACAUACCAAGAUGUUCAGUGUGAACUCCAGGCACGAUUGAAUAAAGGUUGCAUAUUGAAAGAGUGAACGGACUGAUUUGUGCUGACGUGCAUAUUGUGAAAUCGUCAAAUAUACAGUAAAAGAUGUAUAGGGUGGAUUUGUUCAUUUAGCUGAUAAUGCUAAUUUUUGCUGUUAUGGAGGACUGGUUUAUCAUCAUCUUGACUCUGUCUUACCUAAAGAAAGAAUUGCGUAAGACAGCACAGAAGUUACACACAAAAGCCAACUUGUAUGUUCUGGUUUAUAGAAGGAAAAUAACCACAGGUGCUCUGUACAAAGGCUGAUGUCUUUUGAAAAUGUUUAAUGGGAAACGUGGACAUCAAUGACUUAAUGGGUUUGAAGAAAGUGAUAUUUCAAUGCAGUCUUUUAUAAUAAAAUAAUCAAAGUGUUUGAACUGCCGUUUCUGUAUUUUUCCACA